AUGGCCGUGUGGGGAUCGUCUUGGGAUCGUCUCCGACCCCACCCGAUCCCAGCGGGAAGCCGCCAGCAGCAAAAAGGGCCCCCCAGGCCUUCCCCUUUGUUCGCUCUUCCUGACUGUCUCUUUCCGCAGCUGCUGGCCGUCCAAACCAGCAGCAGCAGCAGCAGCAGCAGCAGCAGGCCCUACCGUGUGUUCCUCAACACGGCUUUCGCUGAGGAAGCAGCAGGCGAGCCAGAAGCAGCACGAGAGACACCCCGGGAGGCAGCAGCAGCAGCAGCAGCAGCAGCGGCUGGCAAGAAGGCCCCCUGUGAAGACCCUAGCGUUGCUGCUGCUGCCGACCCCGACGCCCAAACACCACCUCCAGCAGCAGCAGUAGCAGCAGCAGCAGCAGCAGCAGCAGCAGAUGCUGAAGAGGCCCUGAUGGAGUGGGCCCGCAGCGAGGCCUCCACCUUCGAGGGGCCCCUCGGGGGAGACCAAAGAAACCCCGCGAGGCCCUUUUGCUGCAGCUUCUGGAGAGAUAAGCUGCUGGGGGUGGGGGGCCCCCUGCACAUGGGGGGGGCCCUUCAUCUUUGGGAUGCUGCUUCAGGCUGCCUCUGCAGCAGCAGCGUGAGCCCCUACAGCCAGCAGCCAAUCCGCUGCGUCGCCCCAGACCCCAGGGGGGCCCCCCUGGCCCUCACGGGGGGCCUCUCCCCCUCGAAGGGUGGGGUUGUUGUUAUGUGGGCUUACCUCACUUUGGGCCAGCUGGAGGACGCAGGCCUGCUAGCUACUUAG